AUGUCAAGUCACAUCAAAGAUGCCGCCAUCGCCGAGGCCAAAAGCGUCCAAGCUGCCUCGGAAGGCGUCCUAAGAUCCGGCGCAUAUCUCUAUCCGUUCAAGGGUAUAUUUUACUUUGCUACUCACAGACAACUUUGGCGGCCAUUUAUUAGCCGGGCCGGGCGAAUCAUCACCCUGGGCUUGGGUGUAACCUCAUUCAUGUUCUUCUUCACCUAUCUCCCCCAGAUGGCGAUCAUGGCCAUUACCAGUGGACCGCUUGCUGCUAUAUCUACGGCAUUGCUGGUUCUUAGCGAGAGUGCAACUUUAACAACUAUUUUCUCGCGAUCCGAAGAGGCCUUGAUUGAUACGUUUGAUGGUACCCUCAUCGCCCGUAACCAGGAGUCUCUUGUCGCGCAGGGACGCCAGGUUAAACCUCAGUCUGGGGGGAGGGAUGCUGUUGCAAGACUAGGAAAGAUUUUCUCCCGCCCGUUUACGAGAUUCAAGCCGCAGAUGCUGCUACGGUCUUUGCUCUAUCUGCCCCUGAAUAUGAUUCCUGUUGUUGGGACGGUGUUGUACAUAGUCGUGCAGGGCAAAAGGAUUGGCCCGGGGCUACAUGCACGAUACUUUCAGCUGAAAGGAUGGAACUCAGUGCAGCAAGAUGAGUGGGUGGCUAAGAAUCGUGGAGCAUACACUGGACUCGGAAUCGCGGCUUUCGCUUUGGAGAUGAUACCCUUCGCUUCCAUCGUUUUCUCAUUCACGAACACCGUUGGAGCUUCCUUGUGGGCCGCAGAUCUCGAGAAGGCGACGGAAUAG